AUGAACGUUAAGUUCUUAAGACUUACAGUAAUUGUAUCGUUCUUAGUGCUUGACAAUGUAUCUGCCACAGCCACGGAAGACACGUGUACAAAUAAACUUAAAACCUGCAGAUUAGUUUUCGAUGACAACCUGCUCGGAGGUCCUGGCGCUAAAGGUGAUAAAGGCGACAGAGGUUUUCCUGGAAUUACAGGACCUCCUGGUAUUCCUGGUCCUAGAGGACUACCAAGUGAAUCAAAGCUGCUUAUUGGACCUCCAGGCCAAGAAGGAAAAAGGGGUCCAUCAGGUAUUCCCGGCCUACCAGGCCCUCGGGGACUGCCAGGAAAUGCUGGAAUGCCAGGUAAUCGUGGUUUGCCUGGUCCCAUUGGACCACCAGGUGUGUCAAAGGAGGGACCUAUUGGACCUCCAGGUCCAGAGGGAAAAAUUGGUCCUAAGGGUGCUCGAGGCCCGGUUGGCCCUCCGGGAGCACCCGGCUUGCCAGGUAAUUGUAAAUGCUCAUACGAUCCGAGUAUAUUAACGUAUGGCAUAGAAGGAAAUGAUGAGGAUUCUUUCGAAGAAGACAACGGAGCAUUUGGCUUCACGUGCAAGUUUUUACCUGAAAAAGCUAUUAACCACAACCGUUUAAUGGGACCAUCGUCCUUACCCAUGGAAGUAUUCUGUAACGCGAAGAGAGAAACCUGUUUGAUACACCAAGGAAAAUCUGAAAAAUUUCUAUAUAUUGGCACAGUUUCGAAAAAUGAUGCCGAUAAAUCACCUGAAGGAUACACGUAUAAAAGUAAACCAUUUUGGCUAAGUGAGGUUAAAAUAAAUAUGAUGGACUUGUACAAUGUAACAGAUCGACAAAUAAAAUGGCUUCAAGCAUAUUCGACUUAUGCUAGACAAACACUGCGGUACCACAGUCUGGCCCCUAAUAUUCACUCCACAGAUAAUCCUACAUCAUAUAUUCAACUGUCGAUGUACAAUGAACUGUUGGUUGAACGUUUCCCCUCAGAAAGGACACCGUUCACCUACUUCAUAUCAAAUCGCACUCAUAAAUAUACCGAAGAAAAAAAAGAUUACGAAUAUGCGGAGAUUGAAGUCCAAAGUGAUAAUGUUUACAGAUUUCCAAUCAGAGACAUAUUGAUCAAAGACAUUCAAAACAAACCUCAAGAACUUGUAAUUGAAAGUUAUGAAUUAUGCUUUGGUUAG